UUACACACAAAAACAGAUCUAAAGCAGAGUACUCGAGCUUUAUCAAUCCACAUAUGGAUGAGCAUAAGGUCGAAACUGAACACACUAGUCAAGUUGAAUCUCAAUCUUCUAAGAAGAAGGCUCCUCUGAACAAGUAUGCUCUCGCUUGCGCCCUUUUGGCCUCCACCAAUUCCAUCCUCUUGGGAUAUGAUAUUGGAGUGAUGAGUGGAGCUGUGCUUUUCAUAAAGGAUAAUCUUAAGAUUUCAUCUUCUCAAGUAGAAAUCUUGGUGGGGUCAUUGAAUGUUUGUUCUCUAAUUGGAUCGUUUGCAUCUGGCAAGACUUCAGAUAUGAUUGGUAGAAGAUACACAAUUAUUUUGGCAGCAGCUACUUUCUUGAUCGGUGCAGUCCUGAUGGGACUGGCUCCUUCUUACCCAUUCCUCAUGGCAGGAAGGGUAGUCGCCGGAAUCGGCGUUGGCUAUUCACUGAUGAUUGCUCCGGUCUAUACUGCCGAAGUAUCGCCGGCCAUGACACGUGGUUUGCUCACAUCGCUCCCUGAAGUGUUCAUCAAUGUUGGUAUUUUACUAGGCUAUAUUUUCAACUAUGCACUAGCUGGUUUACCAGCCCACAUCAACUGGAGGCUAAUGCUUGGAAUUGCUGCCGUUCCAGCUAUUGGCAUUGGCAUUGGUGUAUUGCAAAUGCCAGAAUCCCCACGGUGGCUUGUUAUGAAAGGACGUAUAGAAGAAGCGAAAAGAGUGCUUCGUAAAACCUCAGAGAACGAUGAUGAGGCCAAUUUGAGACUAGAAGAAAUAACAAAAGCUGCUUCGCUUGUAGGCCCAAGUCCAAGUGAUAGCACAGGAUCAAUUCCAAGUAAAUGGAAAGGCCAAGGGGUUUGGAAAGAACUCCUAAGGCCAAGCAGGCCGCUUCGCCGGAUUCUUGUCGCUGCCAUCGGUAUAAACUUCUUCAUGCAAGCUUCCGGAAAUGAUGCGGUGGUUUACUACACGCCAUCCGUGUUUAAUGCUGCUGGAAUUCACAAUCGAAAAGGACUAGUAGGUGUGACUAUCCUCAUGGGGAUAGCCAAGACAUCUUUUUGUAUUGUAUCAGCACUUUUCUUGGAUAAUUUCGGAAGGCGGCCCAUGCUGUUGUUGGGUACAACAGGAAUGGCUGUUUCUCUAGCUGGUCUUGGCUUGGGCUCAAUGUAUCUACACAAUUCCCAUCAUAAGCCACUAUGGGCCAUCGCAUUAUGUGUUGUUGCAGUUUGUGCUGAUGUGUCAUUUUUCUCAAUUGGACUUGGGCCAAUAACAUGGGUCUAUUCAUCAGAAAUAUUUCCUAUUAGGCUAAGGGCCCAAGGUUCGAGUUUGGCAGUUUCAGUCAACCGGUUGGUAAGUGGGGUGGUGGCAAUGACAUUUCUAACAAUAUCAAAAAAGAUAACAUUUGCAGGAAUGUUCUUUGUGCUUUGUGGAAUCAUGGUAUUAGCAACUAUCUUCUUUUACUUUUUCUUGCCUGAAACCAAGGGCAAGAGUCUAGAGGAAAUUUGGGUAAUCUUUGAGAACAAAAAGGACAAGACUCCUUCUCAACCUGAUAAAGAAAUGACUGAAAGGUUGUAGGUGGGUUUAAGUAGUUGAUUUUGAACAUGUCCUCAAAGGUAAAAUGUUAUAGGACAUCAUUCUUAAUACUAGGAGGCUUUUAGAGAUGUUUGCUUUAGAUAUAGGUAAUUUGUUUUCUAAUUUAUCUUCCCGAAAAAUGAUCGAUAUUGAGUUCAAAUAUUAAAGAAGCCCGGACAUUAUGCAUUA